AUGGCUGGCAGAUGGACGGGUGGCGGUGGCGGAAUGGGCGGUGGCGGAACGGGCGGUGGCGGAACGGGAGGAGGCGGCAUGGGUGGUGGCGGGAUGGGAGGUGGCGGAACAGGCGGUGGCGGAAAAGGAGGCGGCGGCGAAAUAGGUGGCGGAGGAGAUGGAGGAAUGGGCGGAUUUGGGCCGUCCGCUCCUGGAUCGGAAGCAGGCAUGGGAGAUAUGGGUGAUGGCAUGGGUGCCCCUGCUCCCGGAUCAGAAGCAGGCAUGGGAGAUAUGGAUGAUGGCAUGGGUGCCCCUGCUCCCGGAUCAGAAGCAGACAUGGGAGAUAUUGAUGAUGGCAUGGGUGCCCAUGCUCCUCGAUCAGAAGCAUGCAUGGGAGAUAUGGAUGAUGGCAUGGGUGCCCCUGCUCCUGGAUCAGAAGCAGGCGUGGGAGAUAUGGAUGAUGGCAUGGGUGCCCCUGCUCCCAGAUCAAAAGCAGGCGUGGGAGAUAUGGAUGAUGGCAUGGGUGCCCCUGCUCCCGGAUCAGAAGCAGGCGUGGGAGAUAUGGGUGACGGCAUGGGUGCCCCUGCUCCCGGAUCAGAAGCAGGCAUGGGAGAUAUGGAUGAUGGCAUGGGUGCCCCUGCUCCCGGAUCAGAAGCAGGCAUGGGUCCUAAAGGGGCAUGGGCGGCAGCUGAACGGGCGGCGGAGGAACAGGCGGCGGAGGAACGGGUGGCGGAGGAACAGGCGGCGGAGGAACGGGCGACGGUGGAAUGGGCGGCGGAGGAAUGGGCUGUUAAGUGA